AUGGACACCUUGAAGUUGCACACCUUGGCAGUGACCAAGGCAUCCAAAGCAUCUCAAUGGACAGAAGCCUUAGGGCUCCUGGCUGCAGCGGGCAAUGCUGCCUUGCAGGCCGACGUGUUUCUGGUGAACGGCGUUUUGCUCGGCCUGAAGACUGGCGGCACCAGAUGGCACUGGACACUGCAGUUGAUGCAAUGGAUGGGCCGAGGUCAUUUAGAAGCAGAUCUCCUCAGCAUCACCUUAGCCACCAAUUCCUGCUCCAACCAUUGGCUUUGCGCCUUCCGCGUCUUCAAGCAAUCACCUGAACUGGACACGGUUUUAGUGAACUCAGCCCUCUUGUCCUUGCAGCAACACUGGCGACUUGCGCUGCAGCUCGUGGAUGACACGGAUGGCACGCCGGAUGCGUAUGGAGCUACCACCGUCAUAUCUGCGUGUCACGAGGCAUGGCCUAUGCACUUGCGGUGGUUUCGCCGGUGGGCGGCACAAGGCUUGGAGCCCACAGUUGGGACCCUGAACUCCUUGAUGAAAGUGACGCCCUGGACGCAAGCUGUCGGGUUGCUCGAGGCUUGUGCUGCAUGUGGCCGGGCAGAUGCGAUUACCAUCAACACGAUGUUGGCCACACUUGCAGCUGAGGGUCUUUGGAUGAGGUCCUUUACCUUGCUCUCCGCGUGCAUGAGCGACUCCUAUUCCAUCGCUGCCUUGGCAGAUGCAUGUGGAACGAUGUCUCGUUGGCAAGCAGCCCUUGUGAAACUGGAACAUGGCACACACCCACGUGACAAGGCGGAUGUGAUUGCCUACAAUCGGGUUCUGGAGGCCUGUGCGGAUUCUGAAGCAUGGGAAGUGGCACUUCAGUUGUUGGAUUCCAUGUUUCAGCAUGGCCCUCGACCCAGUCCAAUCACUUCCAGCUCAGCGAUGAAGUCCUUGAAGUCUCAGAUGUGGCCAUUGGCCUUAGGCCUCUUGCAUCAGCUCAGACAUCACCAACUGGGCCACAAUGAGGUCUUGCACACCACCUGCCUGCAGGUGCUCAAGUCAGGUGGAGUCCCUUGGACGAGCGCCUUGGCCGUUUGGGCAGGGCCCACAGGUCAAAUCACCGGACACCGCCCCGAUGCAGUUAGCUAUCGCAGCAUAAGAGCGAGCGAAGUGUCAUGGCAGCAUAGCUUGCAGCUGGGGGAGCAGCAGAAGGCUUGGAUGAGACUUUCAGAAGCUGAUCUCAUACUGAACACUCAUAGCUGCCAAAGUUGGGAACAUGCCCUCACGACCGCCCGUCGAUGUAGCAGCGACGUCGAUCUGGCAGUGCUGGAAGCACUUGGGAGCGCCGGCUCCACAUGGAUGCUGGUGCUGACGCAGUGGCUGCGGCUUCAACAUCAAGGCUUGGAGAUGGACACCACCUACAGCAUCUUGAAUGCCUUGCGUGGUGCUCAGCAGUGGCAGCGUUGCCUCCUCGCGGCGCCAGAACCCGCUGGUCAACGGGAGGACGUGGUCGCCGUCAACGUGGCGCUGGCGGCAACAGUGGAGGCAGGAAGGCAGUGGUUGGUGCCACGGAUCUUGCAGAGCAUGCAGAGGCAAGACGUGCAGAUAGACGUGAUCUCCCACAAUAUUUGCAUGUCCUCCUAUGAGAAGCACCUCUUCUGGCAUCGCUCUUUAGUACUUCUGCAGCACCUGUCAGCCUCCGAACUGGAGGCAGAUGGCACCACCUAUGAGGCAGCGAUGACCACCUGCCGUCGGAGCCAGCACUGGAGCCAGGCCUAUCGUUUGCUUGCCCAUGCGGGCGGCAGGCAGCGCCGGCAACGCACGCGCACAGUGAACGGCGCCAUAGGUGGGGAGCCCUGGCCGUUGAGCUUACAGAUGGUGCUGAGAAUGAAGCAGCAGGGAGGCGAAGCACCCAAGACGACUGAAACAUCGACUGAAGCCAAGAGUGAGACCGAAGCAAAGCCAGAAGAGACGGCUGAAAAGACCAGAGGCUAA